CACCGAACCUUAUCCUUAUUCCGAGUGUAAUUUACACUUGUAACGGGCGGUAAUAUCUUUUUUGUGGGAUUCAAAUCGCCAAUCCACGAUUCUGUGUCUACAAAGAACUACUCUAUAAAGAGGCAUUGAAGGGAAACCAAGUGGGAAAAGCAAAAUGGCCGACAACGAUGCAACCCCCACCGAUGAAAGAGCCCCGGAAGCCUAUGAGGAACAGAAUGUCCAUGAGGUAUAUCAGCAAAUAGCAGAGCAUUUCUCGUCUACCAGGUACAAGCCGUGGCCCAUUGUGGAACGUUUCCUCCGAGAGUUAUCGCCCGGCUCCAUCGGGCUCGAUGUGGGAUGCGGCAAUGGCAAGUACUUGACAGUCAAUAAGGACAUAUUUAUCAUUGCUUCAGAUCGAUCUGAAAAUCUUGUCCGUAUUGCUGUAAACCAUCAGCCACAUUCGCCCAUCGUAGCUGAUAUCCUCCAUCUACCACACCCUGACGCUUUCUUUGACUUUGCCAUAUCAAUUGCUGUGGUCCAUCAUUUAUCAUCACCGGAGCGACGGAUUCAGGCAAUUACGGAAAUCCUGCGCACACUGAAACCUGCUUCCGAAAGCCAUCCGGGCGGGAAAGCUCUGGUAUAUGCCUGGGCGCUUGAACAGAAGAACAGCCGGAGAGGCUGGGAUAAAGGGGACAGUCAGGAUGUGAUGGUUCCCUGGAUCCUGAAAAGCGGCUCAUCCAAGGGCGACUCCAGCGAUGCGCCCAAAAUUUUCCAUCGAUAUUAUCACCUCUAUGAGGAAUCCGAGCUCGAGCGGGACAUCAGACAGGCAGGAGGGCAAGUCCUGGAGUCAGGGUAUGAGAAAGACAACUGGUGGGCAAUCGCGACGCCAUCAAACGAGUAGAAAACGUCAGGUCGGGUCGGGGUGUGUCGUUUUUUGCUCCGAAGAUCCAGCCUCGAAGUCGAAUAUUUUGCUUCUCUUUUCCUCCCUUCAAUUUGUGACCGAAAAAUGAAAUGAAACGAAAGCAAACUGGUCAUCACAUUCACAC